CUGCUGAGGAGGCUUCUCGUGCGCUGCAGGGCGCUCCACAGCCGACGCAGCUGAGCUUCCUUUGGGGAGUCAGGGGAGAGCCCCUCCUCACUGAACCAUGUGGCGAUCUGCUCCAGCUCCUCCUGGGAUGCCUUCUAUCAAAGUGUUGGAGCUAAAACGUGUGCGAGGACAGAGAGAGCACAGAGCGUGCAUAACAACAACAACAACUGGAAAAAGGAAAAUAAAUCAAAGACGACCACUGAAGGGAACCAACUCAAAGACACUGAAGCUGAAGGGAAAACCGAUUAUUCCCUCAUCACCAAGCAGCCAUGGGCUUCCUGCUCAUUUUCCUCACCAUGCUUCACCUGGUCACCUUGACCAUGCUCUACAUCGCCACGCUGGACAAGUCUUGGUGGGUUUGGGAUGAUUUGGAAAUCACAGACUUGUGGCAUAAGUGUUUCCAUAAUAAUGCCACAGAUACCUGGUUGUGCGCUGCUACCAGUGAAAAUGACUGGCUGCAGUCCAUCCAGGCCCUCAUGGUCCUCUCCAUGGUCUUCUCCUCCGUCUCUUUCCUGGUUUUCCUCAUUCAGCUGUUCACCAUGUCCAAGGGACGACUCUUCUACUUCACGGGCCUCUGUCAGGCGUUUGCAGGUUUCACAACCUUUGCUGCCUGCCUCAUUUUCACCUUCCACAGAAAGGAAGUUUUUACUGAAUCCAGAGAUUUUACAAAAGGACACUUUGGCUACUGUUUCAUCCUGGCGUGGCUGUGUGUCCCGCUCCUCCUGGUCAGUGGAGUCCUUUACCUCCACCUGCGCAAGAAGCAAUGAGACUAAUCGGACUGGAAACAUCUUCAUGACAUUACCUUACACAUCACGUCAUUUAGCUGACGCUUUUAUCCAAAGCGACUUACAUUGCAUUAUAACCUGUGCGUUAUAUUUUUGCCUGGGGAGCAAUUAGGGGGUCAGGGGUCUUGCUCAAGGACACGUCGACGUGGCACAUGGGGCAGCCAGGAUUUGAACCACCCCCCUUUGUGGCUCCCAGCGCAUCACACUACUCCAUGCACCACCAUCGCCCCUAAGAGUGCUGAUACGAGUGCAGUUCACUCUCUUGUUGGCAUCUGCAAAUUACGAAAAUCUGUAUUCUUUUUGAAUUAAUGUCCACGUCCUGCACACUCGCAUGGUUUUGGGUGACAUUAUGUCAUCAUGGUGGUAUCUAGCCUGUUUUCGAUAGAAAUGAAAAUAAUGAAUGCAUAACUUGGUACUAUUGUCAAUAUUUUCUUUUUUGUAUGUUGCUAUCUGUUUACUCAAUAAAAAAAAACUGGUUGAUUGUCGACCAACAUUUGACUACA